UUCUUUCUUGAUUCGAGGGUCGAGCACUCAAAGCACUUCGACGACCCAUUCCUUCAGUCUUUAAUAGUAAACGAAUUGAAAGAGGUGACGUGUGAACGUAAACGUGAGCGAAGAGUUACCAAAUCAAAUGGAGGAAUUGGCCUUGGAAGAUGCCGGGACUCGGGUCACUCUUGCUACAAGUCAUCACCCUAAAUAUCCAGCGGCUAACGUACUCGAAGAAUCGGGCACUAAGCCGUGGAUUAGUACGGGAAUGUAUCCACAGACCAUUGUGCUGACUUUCAGCGACUUAAAGGCCGUAACCAUGGUCGGGCUCAAGAGCUACAACGUCAAGGAAAUCGAAAUUGAAAGCUCUUCGACAGACAGAACAACUAACUUUACAGCCAUAAAGACGAAGAUUUUGCCAAUAUCACUGGGAUCUCCUCAAGACCACGUGAUCGUGGAUUCUAAAGACACUGCAGCAUUUGGAGCCCAGCAUAUCCGCCUUCGAAUCACAGCCGGAUAUGACAAUUUUUGUGCCAUUUAUCAGUUGUCCAUUAAAGCUUCGGACAACGCUGGCGCGAGGUUGGAUUCGACUGAUGCAAGUCCGGCUUUUGAUAGCACCAACGCUAACGAGAAACCUUUUAAAAGCCAAUCGGAACAGGAGAAAAAGUUCGAAUUCUCGUUCUCACAACCCAAGGCUAAUUCGGGAGACCCGUUCGUGUUUAACGCCCAACGUCAAGCCGAAGAAGUGUCCAAAGCUGCCGAGAACUUCGGUUUCCGUGUCCCAUCCGCCAAGAAGCGCAUGAAUGGGACAAAUCGGGACAAUGCCGAGACGUCCGAGGACGAUGGUGAUGAUGAUGAUCGCGGCAUCCCUCAGCCAUCCUGGCGACCAGGAGCCACUAACUUUGACGAUCUGCCUUUGCCUAAACCUAGUGAUCCACAGAGCUUAUUCAAUCAGGACGAUGACCAGGACAAUGAUGAUGAGCAAGAGGAAGAGGAAAGCCAGGAUCCACUCUAUCCCGAAUCUGUUCCAGUUCGUGACCUAGUACAUGGGUCCCGAUUUCCUCCGGCUGAGAAUGGAACAGUCUUCCCACGAUCCAAUGAGGUGACUGGCUUUAAUUUCGGGGCUAAAAAGGACUCUGAAGAGGAUGCGGAUGUGGAUUCGGAUGGAGACGAUAGCAGCAAUCGGGUGACCACGUUUGGAGACGCGUUUAACAUGCUCGAUGGCGAAAACGACUCCGACGAACUGUGAGCUGUGUUACAUUGUGUGUUUGUAUUCGUUACAUGGAUAUUAUAUUCUUUCUCAUCAUGGCA